AUGACGCCAUUAGAGCUGUGUGGGGUAUUAUUCCUUAUUAUUACGGCUGUGAUAAGUUUAUUAGUUGCUGUAGUGAUAUACUCGUUGCCAAAGAAGAUCUACACCAAUAUCAAGAGGAGUCAUGUUUUGAUCACUGGUAGGUAUCAUAAUAUCAUUUUUUCUUGAACUCUAGGUAGUCAAAUACAGUAUGGGUUCUUUGAGGUACUGAGUAUGAUUUUACAAGCUUUUAAACUUUAAAAAGCGGUUUUAUAAUGGAUUUUUAUCUAAAACAUACUGUUCAGCAUAAUAUAACUACCUCAACUACAGGCGGCUCAAAAGGCAUUGGAAAAGCAGUAGCCAUCGAAUGUCUUAAACAACAAGCCACAUUUGUCACAAUUUGUGCCAGAAACCGUAAAGAUUUGGAGAAAGCCCAAUAUGAUCUUCAAAGGUAUUGUAGAGAUGGUCAGUCGGUUAAAAUAUACGAAAUGGAUAUCACUGCUGGCUUUGAUAAGGUAAAGGAAGUUGUAAAUCAAAUAGAAUCAGAAGUAGCACCAGUUGAUAUUUUGGUGAACAAUGCUGGGUUUGUUAUUCAAGGAGAAUUUGAUGUUUUGGCUUCGGAAAGUGUAUUGAAACAGAUGGAAAUCAAUUAUAUUGGAGCGGUAAGGGUGUUUUUUUGUUAUUGUUUUUUGGUUUUUAGGUACAAACAGGAUUGUUUAAUCUGCUAGAAGUGACAUUUUUGUAAUGUAUUGCUUUAAAAGGGCAAAAAACGGUGUUUUUUUAUGUUGUAGUAGAUGGAAAGCUUUCUGAUAUGAAAUUAAUCAUAACUUUUUAAAAAAACUAGUUGGAAACCUAAAAUUUGCAGUGAUUUUAGAUCAUUAGGUUUUUCAACUCAAAGCGAUGUUUCGAAUUCAGUUUACUUUAAAAGUUACAGUGCUUUUACCGUACCCUACUUUUCUAUCUAUAAACUAGCAUUUUGAGCCCAUAAAACUUUAUUUAAAAGCCAAAAAAAAAUAAAACUAACGCCAUUUUCUAUAUUUUCAGACCCACUUAGUACGAGCUGUGUUACCAUCGAUGAAAGAGCGAGGUCAUGGUCAUAUUAACUUUGUCUCAUCGGCUGCAGGACAAUGUGCAAUUUGGGGCUAUGGAGCAUAUUCACCAUCAAAGUUUGCUGUUCGAGCUUUUGCUGAUGUUAUGGCCGCGGAGUGUCGGCCUUAUAAUGUUAGUUUUUUAAUGAAUUUUGAGAUUUAAACAAAAUUUUAAAAAAAAUUUUGAAAAAAAAAUUUAUAUUGUUGUAGAUCGGAGUAUCAGUGUUGUACCCGCCAAAUACUGAAACAGAAGGUUUCCAAGUUGAGAAGCAAGAGAUGCCAGAACAAAUUAGACAAAUCUCAGGAUCGGCCGGUCUAUUUUCAUCGGAAGAAGUUGGCCGAGCUUGUGUUAAUGCCAUUUCUAAUGGUGAUUUCAAUGCUUCUGUUGGUAAGUGAUAAAAAAGAUUAUAUUAGGUUGUUUAAAUAAUUCUGUGCCCCUCUCAAAGAAAAAUUAUGGGGUAGCGGCACAGAAUUAUUAGAUCAGGGGGCACAAGAUUAUUUGAACAAUCAUAGGGCACAGGUUUAUUUGAACAGUCAAGGGGCUCCGAAUUAUUUGAACAAUCAAGGGGCACAUGAUUAUUUGAACAACCUAAUACAAGCGUUUCAGGCUUUGAAGGCUGGCUACUGUGCACUCUAGCAGCUGGAGCCUCUCCAGAAUCUUCCCCAUUACAAGCCAUCGCUCAAACUUUGUUUGCUGGCAUUUUCAGAGGAAUUAUGCUGGUUUAUCAAGGAUCUUUCACCGAUAUUAUUCAGAAACUUCACAAAAAAGCUGCCUAA